UUCUUUUACAGUUUUACUACAAUUAGGGAUCUUAGUUCUUACACGUCGCCGCCGCAGCUACUGCUCCUCCCAGCCUACCACCGUACCACGCUCUCACUUCACUCCUCAGUCUCAACUCUCAAGUCAUCAAUCGACGAUCUACCGCGUUCUCAUAUCUCGAUUCACUUCUGACUGAUUUGUUUUGGUUUGGGAGGAAAGAUGGGUUCAAACGGCAAAAGGGUGGAAGGGUCAGGUGAUUUAAUACUUUUGCGGGGCCGCUCAAGAGAAGAACGAUUGAAAAAUUUUAUAGACAGCUUUACAGAGGAGGAGAAGGCUGAAUGGGACACCGACGACGAGGAGGAUGAGAAUGGUCGCCAUUCAAUGUCUUUCGAGGAAUAUGUCAGUCACAGACUUGACAUGAUGGAGAGUGAUGGUUUUGAUAUUCAAGACUAUUCUAAGGUAGCCGAUCCUGGUGUGCUUCAUCAGUUCUACUACCCACCAGAAAAACCAACCGACGAAGAAUGUGUUCAAGAACUCAAAGAUUGCUCCUAUCAGGCAAUUGCCAAAUUUAACAGUGAAAAUAGCACACGGUAUGGCAAUGUGCUUCUGGUGAAGGCGAACACGCAGGUUCUUUGUCCAUAUAGGUAUUUCAUCACUUUCAAAGCUACAAAUGAAACAAAUAAUCAACAGGAGACCUUUCAAGCGAAAGUAAAUGUCUGUUUCCCUAACCUCGAUAAAGUGGUUGAGUUGGUUAGGAUCAAGACCGCCCCCAACCCAGUUUACAUCGCUAGACGAAGGUAAAGACUAGUCACACCUAGAGCUGACAAGACGAUCAAGUAUGUCUGCAGUAGUUCAGCUUUCAAAGAAAGGAAAAUGUGUCGUGGGAAAUGUACUCACAUCCAAGUUGAAUUUGACAGAAGUUCUCACUGCAUGGUAGGAAAGACAUUUUAUGAUCUUGGAAUUAAUUAAGACAUUUUAAACUUUUUCAUUUUGGUUGUAAUUCGAAUUUUAUUUUCUUUGAGUUGGACGAGUGUAGUAUCAAUACUUUAUAAUUUGCUUGAAUUUGGUGAAGUAGAAGAGUUCAUAACUUUUGUUAA